AUGAUGAGUGAGGAAGACAGCACACGAGUGCAUGAAAAUGAGGGUGUCGAGAAGGCUUCUCAAGAGUCUAAGGAUGGCAAAGCAACGGAGAAACUAACUGAAGUGCAAUUUACGGUUUCUCUCGAACUGAAGGCGCUGCCCAAGCCGGCUUCUUCUCCCGAGAAACAAAAGAAAACAGAGUCAAUCCAACCAAAACUCGCAAAAUCUUUAAUUUCCUAG